AUGGCCCCAUUGCGCGAGUCGUAUUCUGCAGCGCUGAGCUUCUGGAAGAGCCUCGGCGGGGAGAAGUCGAGCGCAUCACGGCGCGUACAGCCGCUGAGCGACAGCACCAACAACGGCCAUCGCACUGACGCCGCCGCGGGAUGCAAGCACGACGCCACUGCGUCAGAAACUGGUGCGUGGGAAUGCGCAGCGUGGGAGUCAGGCGCGUCGGAAUGCGCAUCCUCGGAAACUGGUGCGUCGGACCCUGCAGCGUGCGACUGCGCCGCUUCGGGUGCGCCGGAAACUGCUGCGCUGGACUCCGCCGCGCCGGAAUGUGCAGCCCCGCAAUCAGCCGCGGCGGAAUCGGCUGGGCCGCAAUCAGCCGCGGCGGAAUCGGCUGCGCCGCUAUCAGCCGCGGCGGAAUCGGCUGCGCCGCAAUCAGCCGCGGCGGAAUCAGCCGCGGCGGAAUCAGCCGCGGCGGAAUCGGCUGCGGCGGAAUCAACCGCGACGGAAUCAGCGUCGGUGGCAUUGGUGGUGGCGUUGUCACGCCCGUCAGCUGGUCGCAGCAUGGCGGCAGCAGCAACGCAAUCAACGAUGUCGCUCCCCCCGUCGCACAUCCCGAAGCCGAGCAACACGGGAGCAGCGAUUCGGCGCAUGGAGGGACCCACGCUGAUCCCGAGGCCUCGAUGUGCCGCAGCGCCCAGGCCGGUUGAGAGUUGGUGUUUGCCAUGUGGUGUUGAUGGUGGUGGCAUGGUGGGUGAUGCAGCGCAUGGUGAGUGGGGAUGCAGUGCUCCUGCUGCUGCUGUCCCCCCUGCUGCAGCAGCAACUCCCAGCCCCAAGUGGGUCAGGCAAGCCGUUGAGGUGGAGGGUGAGGUGGGCGAGUGGAUGGCGCAGCGCGGGGAGGGGUGUGGCGAGGAGCAAAAGGGGGGGGGGGAGAGGGCAGCAGGCGGGGAGGAGGGGCGGAUGAGCAGCGCGUGUGGAGGCAGGGCGAGUGGAGAGCCCCGUUGA